GUAAGAAUAAGAAAGAGAUACUGAUCGCUUAAAAAAGUCUGGUAUUUUAAUGCUAAUUUCUCACCUUCUCAAUGUCUAUUUAAAAAGUCAUUUUGUCUGGUGACUCUUGGUGGCACGUGCACCUUGAAUAAAACCAGGGUAAUUUUACCAGGGGGGGCCAACUCUCGCUCGUCCCAGACAGCAUCUUCAACCUCAUUUCUACCACGACCAAACCCCCCCCCCCGCCUACGACAUGGAUCGGCGGCGACUCCCUCCAGUGCUCACGAUGCGCGAGGUUGUCCCUGGUGCAGGCGUCAACAUCGUGCUCAAGGCAGACCAGCCAACGGGUCGCACCGUCCAGGGCGUCAUCGCCCAUGUCCUGACGCGCGGCGACCACCCUCGCGGCAUCAAGGUGCGCCUGACUGAUGGCCGCGUUGGCAGAGUCCAGACCAUGUCUUCCUCCGCCCAGCUCCAGGACCCAGCGCUCCACGACGGCCUGUUCUCGUCUCAGGGCCCUCCACUCAGAGGUCGUCCUCGAGACGGCGGCGGCGACAUCAGAUACAGCGACCACCAAGGAGCUCCGCCGCCGCAGCAGCAGAUCGGCCUGGACGCAUACGUCAAGGAGAAGAAGCCCAAGAAGCGCGGCCGAGGCAGAGGGAGCAGCAGCAACAUUGGCACCGCUGCUGAGGAUGAGCCACCCGCCCACGACUUGGCCUCCAGCUCCAGAGCCCCAUCCGAGUCGGCCACUUGCCCAGUCUGCGGCGAAUUCGAAGGCGAUGAGGUCGCUGUCGCCCAUCACGUCUCGUCACACUUUGAGGAGGUAGCCACUUGAAGUCUGCACCAGAUUCAUGCCUGGUUGCACCCCAGGCCCCCAGGUUGUCACCCUUUGCUGGUCGACAUGACAUCUUAGCCAUGCUGCAAUGGCAAGACCCAUUCCAGGAGGCACAAAUCGAAGAAAACAACCCACUUUUAUCAGACAGACUACGGCAGUGACCAAGAAGGGCCACUGGCAAGCUACAAGCCGAAUCUUGUCGCCGGGCAGGCUCAGACACCAUGGCGAACCGGCUGCCCCCGCUUUGUGCAAUACCAGUCUCACCUACUUGCCUCAGAACUUGGGCUUUAGCGCCUGCCCAUAGAGCAUCGCCCCCGGUGCGGCCACCCCAAGCCCGAGUCUUCUCCACUUCGCGAGGUCGCAACUGUCGCCACUAGCAGCUGGCGGACUUUUGGUCGGCUGUCUGUCUCUCCGGCUGGUGCAGUAGUUCGGAAAGCAUAGCAAUAGUUCCGUGUUAACCCCUCCAAAUGCUUCGCCGAGGUCAGAGGUCACAACUUCGGAUUGGCGGCUCCCAGGCAGUCCACCACUUGGCUCCAGGGAUACUGGUCGACUUCGCUCAUGUCUUGGCCAAACGGUCCUGCAGGAACCCUCACCGUGCUAUAACGGUGGCAAACACGGGAAGUUUGUAAUAUCGACCCUGACCAAACCUGGAUGGCAAAAGGUUCAAAGUAUCACUGUUGAGGUGUCCGGAAAACACAAUUCAACAGCUAUAUGCUGGCCCUCAUCUCAUGGCCAUCCCAACUGAAUUAAUCAAGCCCAACAUAAUUUCAGAAUGCAUCACAUGUAAUUUCA